AUGUCCAGCAAGCGCCACUCGCUAAACUCGCGAUCCUCGGGCUUCAUCCCCCUCUCUGGCGGCGGCGCGAAAGACAUGGCCGACGUCGGCAUCCCACUCUCCAACGUCAGGAGCAACGUCUCGACGACGGGCGCCCGCAAGCCCAAUCCCGGCGCCUCGACCAGCUACGACUCCUCCCCGACCGAGAAGAGCGGCCUCCACCAUCGCCAUGCCGGCCGUCGAAGGAAGUUCGGCGAGGGCCUCGGCCGCACUGGCACCGGCAACUCUGACGACGUCAGCGUCAAUGCCCUCGGCAGGAUCUACGCCAAAAUCGUCGGCUUCUCCGUCGUCACGCGAUACAUGGUCUACGUCAUCCCCGUCGGGAUCCUUCUUGCCGUUCCCUUGAUUGUCCUCAGCUUGACGGAACACAGAUAUGAUCUUCCCGUCGGCAGCAAACGGGGAGAGAACGGGGAACCGGAGAAGCCUGGCCCUUCUCUCUUCAGUCUCUUCCUCUGGAUUCUCAUCUCCUGGCUCUCGCUCUGGGCCGCCAAGAUUGCUGCAUGGUUUCUGCCAAAGGUCUUUAUGUUCUUCUGCGGCAUCGUCAGCAUGGGCGUCCGGAAAUACGCAACCGUCCUGCAGAACUUGACCAUCUCCCUGUCCCUCUUCUUCUCCGCCCUGGCGUCCUGGAUGACCUUCAAGCACCUGUUCGAAGCCGCCAACAAGGACGGCAUCAACUGGGUCGUCGAUCUCCAGCGCAUCCUUGCCGCCCUCUUCGCCUCGUCGGCUGUCCUCCUCGCCGAAAAGGCCAUUGUGCAGCUCAUUGGCGUCUCCUACCACCAGCGCUCCUUUGCAAACCGCAUCAAGGCGUCCAAGCGCGAGAUUUACCUGCUUGGCCUCCUCUACGAUGCCUCACGCACCCUCUUCCCCAUGUACUGCCCCGAGUUUGCCGAAGAGGACUACGUCAUUAACGAUAGCAUCGAGAUGAUGUUGCGCGGCAAGAAGGCGAAGGCGGGGAAGGCGGCUGGCGCAGCCACUCCCAUGAAGAUCAUCGGAGACGUUGGCCGCUUUGGAGACAAGGUGACAUCUGCCGUCGGCAACAUUGCCCACGAAAUCACGGGAAAGCAGGUCUUGAACCCCAACUCGGCCCAUUCGAUUGUCCUUGAGGCUCUCGAGAAGCGCGCGCCUUCGGAAGCUCUCGGCAGGCGCAUCUGGAUGUCGUUUGUGCUCGAGGGCAAGGAAGCGCUGUACAUUGAUGACUUCCAGGAGGUGCUCGGUCCCCCGUACCGGGACGAGGCCGAGGAAGCGUUCAACGCCAUCGACAGCGACUUGAACGGCGACAUUAGUCUGGAGGAGAUGAUGCGCAAGGUCGUCGAGGUUGGCAAAGAACGCAAGGCCAUUGGCGAGGGCAUGAAGGACAUUGGCCAGGCCCUCCGAGUCUUUGACAAGGUCUUGCUCUUCGUCGUCCUCCUGAUUGUUAUCUUCAUCUUCCUCUUUUUCUUCAAUAGCAGCUAUAUCCAAGUCAUUGCCAGCGCCGGGACGGCCCUCCUGUCUCUGUCUUUCGUCUUCGCCACCACUACUCAAGAGUUCUUGGGCUCGUGCAUCUUUCUUUUUGUCAAGCAUCCCUAUGACGUUGGCGACCGGGUCGACAUCGGAAAAGUCCAAAUGGUGGUGGACAGGAUUUCCCUUCUCUACACUGUAUUUACGCGCAUCGAUCUCAUGCAGGUGGUACAGGUACCGAACAUCCAGCUCAAUAAUCUUUGGGUCGACAACAUAUCUCGCAGCAAAGCCAUGAAGGAAACGGUUGAGCUCAACGUCUCUUUUGACACGACCUUUGAAGACAUUGAGCUGCUGCGACUGGAAAUGGAGGACUUUGUCCGAUCCCCCGACAAUGCUCGCGACUUCCAGCCCGACUUUAACAUCAGCGUGGCGGGCAUCGGCGCUCUAGACAAGAUGGUGCUCUACAUCAGCAUUAAGCACAAGUCCAACUGGCACAACGACGGCGUGCGUGCCGUUCGUCGGUCCAAGUUCAUGUGUGCCUUGACCAUGGCGCUCAAGAAGAUUCCCAUCUACGGACCGGGCGGCGGCUCCGAGGAAUUGGGUGGACCCACGAAUCCUUCCUACUCGGUUGCCGUCUCCAAUGAUUUCGCCGCAACUGCCCGAAACGAGGCUUCCAAGAAGAAGGACGAAUCGCGCAUGGUGCCCACGAACGCCGACCAGACCGAAGAGGAGGCUCGCGCAAACGAGCAGCAUGCCGCCACGGAGAUCAACACCCGUCACCUCGUUGUGGAGACGGAAAGCCUCUGGAGCCCUCGAGAAAACGAAGACCGAUCUGCAACGCCUCGCGACAUGGACGACCACCGUCGGUCGCGGGACAUCGAGUCCGUUCGCACCGAGCUUAUCAAGCGAGCGAGCACGCGCGGCCGGCGAAAGGCCGGCGAGGGCCUGCGGAACCUCACGCCCACAGAGAGUGGCUACGCCGGCUCUGCGCCCCAUGCGGUCAGCUCUCGGCUGGAGACAUUCGACGAGGAAGCCCAGACGGGCAUGUCCUCUCCCUACCGCGGCGGCCAGACCGGGCUCGAGGUGGCAGAGGAGGAGCGACUAGGCCUCUACCAAAGUGCCUCGCAGCGCUCCCAGCCCGGCCGGCACCGGGGACCGAGCUUCUCGUUCAAGGACUCGCGAGGAUUGACGCCCGGCCAUCGCUAG